CAAAUCGGACUGGUUGCUUGUUGAAAUUCGAUCAGCCCGUAUCAGGGACGGGUACAUUUUUUGAUUUCACUUGAAACGUGGUCCACACCGGUGACAAUUCGUCGCUUGGGAGGCCAUUUAGCACUGCGUAUUACCCGGUUACGUGUAUCAUCAUCGUACAAAACUCCCGUUGCCGUCGUCGCGCUCGUCGUCCACCCUGUCCAACUCGUCUGAGCCUCAGUGACAGUGAAAUGGCAAGCCAAGUGGGUUACUUGGGACCACCCACUUACAUCUCGGCGCGUUCAGCAGAUGUCAUUCUAUCCGAUGUUCGUCCGACGAGGCUCGCAGACGACGCUCUCCAUGCCACCAAUGCUCUCCUUGACGAGCUUCUCUACAAUAUUCUUGAUGCUGCUCGCGCCCUAAAUACUGCCCAACUAAGGGCUGGUCUACACAGGAUCCUGCCGACAACGCUAGGCAAAGAAGCUGUCCUAGAAGCCGAACUAGAACUCCGGGCAUACUGGGAUCGUACAUCUGGGACUUCGGGCAAUGGUUCAUCUCAGGUCGUACCGGAUGAUGGCAGCUUCAACCUACCAUGGGUAUUCGAGCUCCUCCGUCUCAAGUGUGAAGCCUAUUCAACGCUGAGCGAUACGGAUGAAGAUCCAGAUGCAGAAGUUCGUCUCACGGAACGCAUGAACACUGAAGGGACCUCCAUUCCUAAGCAAUCACUCCUUGCUCCGGCUUCCCUCUAUUUAACUGCUAUUAUCGAGUCAAUCUGCGAACAUGUCCUGUCGAACGUUAGCCGCGUCGUGGCUCGUGACAGCAGUCGCGCGACAGCCAAUUCGCAAGAUCUCUUCGUCGCGCUUUGCGAAGACAACACAAUUUACGGCCUUUUUAAAAGCAUGAAGAUUUACGAGGAAAUCGAAUCCCUCUCGAAACUCCCGAAUGGAAGACGCAGCCUCAGCAAAUCCUUCUCUCGCGAGAGGCUGACGGGAGCUGCAUCCCCAACAUCUGAAUCAUUCCGGAAACACGACCCACGCAGUUCUCCCCGUCAGCGCAUGUCAUCGGACUCUUCCGGUAUUCCUCCUAGUAUUAUUGUCAAUGCCAAUCACCAAUCUUCUCGGUCAUCCUUUGACAAAUCGCGGGGUAUCAAAAAUUUUAACAACAAGGGAUCGCCGCAUGCAAGCGAACACGGUCACCAAAAGUCAGAGUCCUUCGCAAGUGCCAAUGCCAAGCAGUCCAUUCGUAGUAGCACCGAUAAGUCUCCCGUGUCCACCACAUUUAGUGAUACUCGCUCGCAAGAGUUCGACGACAUGAUGCGUUCGGGUUCAACAGUGAGAGUUUCGCUUACUCCCGAUCGGCUUCGCACGAUGGAAGUGCUAAACAAGGAAAGAUCGCGACCCCCCGGACGUCAGAAAGGGUUAACUAAAACCGACAGAGCGAGCGUUUCCGAACCUCUCUCUGCCCCCCCAUCAGCCCGUUCCACCAGGUCACCAUUGCAGCCCGUCGAGUCUAUCAUUGAAGACGACGAAGACGCCAUGGCUUUAAACCCUCCUACAUCACGACCUCGGCAACUUAGCGCUGCUGGGGUUGCUGCUGCGAGUUACCGUCCUACGUCGUUUAUGAGGAUCAGGUCUGCGUCUACCUCCGACUCUUUAGUUGCACAACCCCUUGCUGCCUCUUCCAAGCAGACGCAACCCUCCGAAUCAACGGUUCUCCCCACGCCUCCAAGUUCUGCUGCUGAGUCUGUACCGAGACCCAAGGCGCCUCCAAAAGAGCUCAAUAUGAACGCUGUGAAAGCACCAGUUAGGCGACCCGGUCGAAAUAGAGAAUCCCUUGAUCUAGACGAUGUGAUGGGCUACUCGGAUGAAGAGACUCCAGUGAGCCCGGGGCGAAAGAUUUCGCGGCCGCAAGAGAAACAUAAGGGAAUCUCAACAAAUACCAGGGAUCUGAUCGAUUUUCUUGCUGAGGGCCCUCCAGAGCCUCUGGCGACACCAUCACCGUCUAACGACAGCUUCCUCUCUCUUACACCAAAGAAGUCGGGACGUUUGCAAAAGAUGAUAUCGAGGAUUACACUUUCCGGCUCAAGCCAGUCGAGCAAGUCCUCGCGGAAAGGGAGCAUACAAGAGGUCGUCGUACCUCACAACAAAUCAUCAAGCAACCUAAGUCCACUUGCAAAUCGACCUAUCCCUCCACGGUAUCCCACUCCUGGUCCUUCUUCGGCGGCUUCGUCAGAUCGUGGUUCCGAAGACCGGGAAACUCCCAAUGCGCGCCGGCGUUCGCAAUCUGCUUCGCGGAAAGUCAUACCUCGUGAAACUGGCACAGCGGCGAACAAGGAGCAGCUGCCCGUCCCUCCCAUUCCUAUCAUUGUUCCUGGGGAGGAGCUCUGCCACUCGCCAGCUGCGGUAUCUGAAAGGCUUUCAGACUCAGCUCUUGACAAUGAUGUAAAACCACCGCCCCACCAGUCGUCAUCAACUCCGGGGUGGGUUGGCAGCGUUGCGCCCACGUCUCCAGUCCCUUCAUCGGCACCCGCCUCCUUAGCGCCCUCACUUUCAUCUUCCCCGAUGCAGAUGGAAUUUGCACCACGAGCGCACGUUCCUCCCCGGGUGUCUUCUAAAUCCACCAAAGUUGCUGUAGCACCUCCCCAGAGCUCAUCUUCGGCUCCAGUAAUCCCUAUAUCACUUGCCGAACAGACUCGUGAUAUGCGCAGAGCGCUGGCGCAUGCGAUGAAUGCCGACGAGUGUCGGCUGCUCGUCGAUAUGUUCCUGGUUCGCUCUAAGCUGGUCUCUGACCCUGCAGAACUGCGGGCGUUGGCUACAGCGCCACCCCCAGAUCCUGCUACGCGAGAGCUGAACACGAUGAUAGAGCAGACGCUCGUUGGUCUUUUCUUGGGCGACAGUGAUGGUUCUGUGGAAUACGACACUAGAACUAGAGCCCCCACUUCCUUUUCCAACGGACAUGCCGAGCUAUAGCUACGCUCUCUAGAACCGAUUCGAUACCCCCCCUGCUUAUUGAGGAUUACUACAUUUCUGGUUGCAGGUUCAUUCGAUCUUCAUCCAUAUUUACUAUCUAUCGUAUUCUUACUCUUACAACAGUAGUGCUAUGCAGGUUUCAGGCUUCCAAC